CCUCUCUCCAUCCAGUCGAGUGGAAACUCACUCCCCUGUGGAAGGCGGGACACACACACACAGAGCGCAGGCGCGAGAGAGAUUCGAGUGAAGACAGACGUUUGAAUUUGAAAACGUCCUCGACCGUAACGGUUCUCUCCUCAGGGGCCGUCGAUUCAAAGGUCACUUUGUCCGUACGAGAAGCAACUGGAAAUGACUCCUCUUCCUCACCGACUCCUCUUCUUCUCGUCGGCCGUGGUCCUCCUGCUAGGGCUGGUGGGCCUGUGCAACGGCGCCCCCAACAACUCCACAGGCCACCCGGAUUUCGAGAUCCAGCCUCGUCCUCAUCUUCGGGAGGAGAAGAAGGAGCUGGCGAAGAGUAAAGGCGAUCCCAGAGGACAACAGGCGGACGACUCCGAGGUGGAAUUCCUUGGAGACUUCAAGCCUGAAGAUACCAGCAAUGAUCGAUAUGUGGCGUACUGCGCCGAUGCCAUCGUGAUGAUGAUUCCUGGAAGGUCCAGGAAAUUCUGGUCUUACGGGUACGUCUACCUGCAGGAGGCGUACCCGGCUAACUGCACCUUGAAGUACGUGUUCACCACGAGAUCGAAUCCCGAUGACACCUUCGCGAAAUUCGGCUUCCGCGUGACCGGCACCUUCAAAGGACCCAACAUCCAGUACACGUCUUGUACCGAGACCGAUUACGUCACUCUGGACGACACUGAAGGGAUUACGGCCACGUAUUGUGGGACCAGCGCCACCAUCAAUUUCAUCACUGGUUCGAACUAUUUCGAGUUUCACUUCAAGAGCCAAGAGCACUCGCCCCGUGCCAAGGGAUUCUACGUGACCAUCGAGAGCUACUACCUGUGCGGGGGCCUCGUUAAUUCGGACACUCAUGGCCCCACAGGGUACAUCUCAUCCCCCUUACACCCGGACAAUUACCCCCCGAAUUCCAAUUGCUUCUGGUGGUUCACGUCCCCGGAAAAGACGACUGUGAAGAUGGAGUGCAACAGUUUCCUUCUGGAGGACAUGGCCACCUUCCCCAACGGCACCCAGUACUGCGUCGACUACCUCAGCCUCAGUUACGAGGCGGUGUCCUCAGACCAGACCACCUACUUCUGCAACAGCGACAUGGACACCCUGACGAAGACCAUCUACAGCGCCGGCAGCAACCUCCUGGUCAACUUCAGGUCAGACUCGGCCAACCACUUCUCCGGAUUCAACUGCUCCUACGACUUCAUCUUCUUCGGCGUCUGAGGGAGGAGGUCUCCCAGGGGCCCGGAUAUCCCCCAGGAGUCGGAUAUCCCACCCAGGGGGAGGACGGCUGGAUCGUCGAUGGAUCGCGAUGAAGAUGGAUGUCCCCGUGGUUUUUUUGUGUAUGCUGACGAUGCGAUAACCUUUGAUGACGUCAUCAUUAGAAGCGUUAGCGAGGUCCAUUGCUAUCCAUGUCAUAUUGAAAGUUAUUUAUGUAAAAAUUACAAUAUUUUCUGUCUUUAUCUUCCAAAAGGUAUAAUGUGAUUAUUAAAGAGGUACUGAUAAAACAUCUGGAACUAU